AUGGACUUCAGCGUCCUCCCCCCUCCCCCGCGAUACCCCUCGCAUGCCGGCGCCUAUGGCGCAAUGGGCGCUGGCAUCGCUCCCAUGAUCGAGACGAACAACAUCCUCUCCAACCCCGAGGGUCCGGAGUACCAAUUCCUGGUCGGCGAGGGAACCUACGUCCUCAAGGAGGACCUCCACCUCGCGACGCCCCCGCCUCACCCCUCCGAAGCUCCCGUCGUGAACCCGAACCCGCUCGCCACGAACCCCCAGCCCGCCUCCGCCGGCACGAAGCUCUCCCUCAUAAGCCUCGACAUGCGCGCCGCGCCGCCCUUCUUCUACAAGGGCUCCUCCGCCACGACGCUCUCUCUGUCGGGCGACAUCAAGGAACACCCCUUCGAGGACCGGUACUCGACCGACGCGAAGCUGAGCAGCGAUGGCGGCGCCGGGACCUCCGUGAGCGACGGGCCGCAGACGUCGUUGCCCAUGGUCUCGGCGCCGGCGUUCGGCGACGGCAACACGGCGCUUGCGCCUGCUAAUACCAAGGAUGCGGCCAAGAAGAAGGUGCCGAAGCCGAAGAACAACAUGACCAAGAGCAAUUCGUCUUUCAUUUCUAGAGUAAUCGUAAACGAGAGCUUGGCCAAGAAACUUCAGGAACGGCCGUCGGACGGAGUCUUUGCGUUCGCCAACAUCAAUCGCGCGUUCCAAUGGCUGGACUUGUCAUCGCCGACGAAGGCCGACUACUUGACCAAGAUCCUGUUCACCAAGGCCCACUGUCUCUGCCACGACGUCAACUCGAUCACGAAGAGCAUCUCCCACAUUGAUGUCAUCAUGGGCUUCUCCACCGGCGAGAUUAUCUGGUGGGAGCCCGUUUCGCAGCGUUACACUCGUCUGAACAAGAACGGCAUCAUCAACAGCACGCCAGUUUCCGAAAUCAGAUGGAUUCCCGGCUCUGAGAGCUUGUUUUUAGCGGCGCACAUGGACGGAGCUCUGGUCGUGUACGACAAGGACAAGGAGGAUGCGCAGUUCUCGCCAGAGGAAGAGCUGGCUGCUAAUGGUACGACAAACGGCGAGAGCGAGUCGACGAACGGCGUCAACCACAACCUCAAAAUCCAGAUCAACAAAUCGGUCCACUCCAAGAACCAAAAGACGAACCCGGUGGCAUCCUGGAAACUGUCCAACCAGCGCAUCAACGCCUUCGCCUUUAGCCCGGACAACCGGCAUCUGGCCGUGGUCUCGGAGGACGGCUCGCUCCGUAUCAUCGACUACCUGAAGGAGGAAAUGCUCGAUCUCUACCAUUCGUACUACGGCGGCUUCAUCAGCGUCUGCUGGUCCCCGGACGGCAAGUACGUAUUGACCGGCGGCCAAGACGACCUCAUCUCCAUCUGGUCCGUCGUGGACUCCUGCAUCGUAGCGCGCUGCCAAGGCCACCAAUCAUGGGUCACAUCCGUCGCCUUCGACCCGUGGCGGUGCGACGACCGAAACUAUCGCUUCGGAAGCGUCGGCGAGGACUGCAGGUUGUGCCUGUGGGAUUUCAACGUCGGCAUGCUUCACCGACCCAAGGCGGCUUCCGUCCACCACCGGGGCUCCGUGUCAUCACGGUUCGCCAAUCCCCUGCAGAGACAAGAAACAGCGAACACAGCAGCGAGCCGGAUUCGAUCCAACUCGACCGUCUCGGGAGGUGCGGUUGACGAGGAGAGCGUUGUUCAUCCGGUCGAACCAAGAGCGCGAAUUCCCAUGCUACCCCCUGUAUCGUCCAAAGCACUUGAUACCCACCCUCUCUGCUGGCUUGAGUUCACCGAAGAAGCCAUCAUCACUAGCUGCAAGUCAGGACACAUCCGGACGUGGAACAGGCCGACAGAUGCCCCGGUGCCGACGGAGGGCGCACCUUAG